UUUAAAUUACCUAGUAAAAAAAUUAUUUAAUAGUUAUGAGUGCACGUGCUUGUAGUUAAAUUUGGCGAAAAAUAAGGCACAUUAAGGGACAAGAUAUUUUCAUCCCCAGCCUUGUAACAGUUGCUGUAUGAAAAAAGACAUUAAAAAGAUGUUGAGGAGGUCCAGGAGUUUUUGUCGUUUAAGGACUUGCAGGACUCUCGUCAUUAGGAAGGCAACGAGUUGGGACGGACUGGUGGACCGUAUUAUGGCAUCCAAUCCCUCGUUCUUUUGGAUUGAGUUGAAUAUUUGGCUGAUGGAUGAUGGAUUUUCUUCAAAGUACAUGUCCUCAAGCGAUCGUCGUGUUCCGACCAAUUUGCCUGUGAAAGAAAACUCCUUACAAACUACUAACUUAACAAUAUUUUGGACUGCACUUCACACUGAAUGGAGGUACUUCGAACUAAUCGCGUGCGGAGUUUUCGCUCAGCGUAUUGGGUUGUUGACUAUAGAAGUGAAAUUGUUCUUUCCAAAUAAUUCACAGUAACUUUGAAAAGUCUCCUACCGAUGCACUGGUGAUGAGAAUACUUUGCUUUACAGUGGGUGGCCUAUACGAAGAACAAGUCGAAUUUUAAAUUUAAAUUAACAUGGCAUCUUCGCGCGAAACGAAACGAGUUAUGAAGAUAGAAAUACUACAGUUUCAGCCGUAAUUAGUAAGCAACUAAAUUAUUUGUUUUUAAUAACAUA